AUGGGUGAGUGGGCGCCGCCUCAGGGCGGUGUGCCGCAAGGUGGGGCGCCGGACGGCGGGCCGCGAAGCGUACCCUGGGGUGGGCGUUGCGUCCGGGCAGAUAGGGGGACCUCGGGACGGACCCCCGGUGAGGUGUCUGGGAGCCACGUGUGUAACCAGUACAGGACAUCAGGGUCUUCGCUGGAGGAAAAAAAAGAGUUGCUGCAAAAUGGACCAGACUUACAAGACUUUGUAUCUGGAGAGUUGUCAGACAAGAGCACGUGGGCUGAGUAUAAAGGCAAUUUAAAGCGUCAGAAAGGAGAAAGGCUGCGACUUCCUCCAUGGCUGAAAACAAAGAUUCCCAUGGGAAAGAACUACAAUAAACUAAAGAAUACCUUGAGAAGUUUAAAUCUUCAUACGGUAUGUGAAGAAGCACGUUGUCCCAACAUUGGAGAAUGCUGGGGAGGUGGUGAAUAUGCUACAGCUACAGCUACUAUUAUGCUGAUGGGUGACACAUGCACUAGAGGUUGCAGAUUUUGUUCAGUAAAGACAGCAAAAAAUCCACCUCCACUGGAUCCCAAGGAGCCUUACAACACAGCAAAGGCUAUAGCUGAGUGGGGCUUGGAUUAUGUUGUAUUGACGUCUGUGGACAGAGACGAUAUGCCUGACGGUGGAGCAGAACACUUUGCAAAGACAGUCUCUCAUCUGAAAGAAAGGAAUUCGAAAAUCCUGGUAGAAUGCUUGACGCCGGAUUUUCGCGGGGACCUUAAAGCUGUGGAGAAAGUGGCAUUGUCGGGACUGGACGUGUAUGCCCACAACGUGGAGACGGUGCCGGAACUGCAGAGGAAGGUCCGUGAUCCCCGAGCCAACUUUGAGCAGUCCGUACGAGUGCUGAAGCACGCUAAAGAGGUCCAGCCCGGCAUCAUUUCUAAAACCUCCAUUAUGUUGGGGCUAGGCGAGACUGACGAACAAGUGUAUUCCACAAUGAAAUUAUUGCGGGAAGCAGAUGUAGAUUGUUUGACCCUAGGACAGUACAUGCAACCAACAAAACGUCACCUAAAGGUUGAGGAGUACAUAACUCCUGAAAAAUUUAAGUACUGGGAAAAAGUAGGAAAUGAUCUUGGAUUCCAUUACACUGCUAGUGGGCCUUUAGUGCGCUCCUCCUAUAAAGCAGGUGAAUUCUUCUUGAAGAACUUAGUAGAAAAAAGAAAGACAAAAGCCAUCUGAAAAUGAGAGUGAACCUAUUUAAAGCAGCCAGUUUUAAGGAUCCUUUUUUCAGCGCAUAAUUAUACUCAGUUCCAGAAAUGCGGAAGACCAGAUGGUGGAUGUAUGAAUAAACUUACUAUCUUUCCAGAACACUUUUCUCUCACCAAAACACUUCACAUUAUUUUACCUCAUUUCUUCUGGCAAGGGUACAACUACAUAGUACUUCUAGUGUUCAGCAAGAAGCCAGGAGAUAGAACUGAUUUGGAAGAGUGAUGGAACUGAGGUGGAAGAAAUGUAAGCUAAAAAAAAAAAACCAAACCAAAAUUUUGACAGAUUUAAGUAAACAGGUUUGAUACUACCAUCAGUGUUGCUGCAGUUAAUACUUGUGAAGAUGCUAACAGAUAAUAAUAAAUUUGAAAGGUACUGAUAUUUUGAUGUAUCUUACCAUUAUGUAACACAAGCUUGCAGGGGCAAAGGACCAGAUUAGGGCUAUCUUGAACUAUACCAGAGUAAGUGCUGGUAAUACUCCUUCAAGAGAUGGCAUCUCUUACCUGCAGCUUAAGAAAAUGAGCUGUACCAUUCUGAUGAUAGCUAAUGCUUUUCAGGUGCUUGCAUGUCUCUUAAGUGUGAGCCUUGGUAAACACAAGGUAUCAAGUUGAAGAAAACAAGAGCGCUUUGUGACAAGACAAUUAACCUUGUGUAGCUACCAUAUAAUUUAAACCAUAUGGAAAAUCAGAGUUGCUGUAACAGCAUAAAUAGAGCCACCCCUCAUUUGGGUAUGUGACUGUAACAAACCUGAGUUGCACAGGUGCUUCUUUGGUAUUGGGUAUGCAGAAGUGCUGCUAUUCUGUACUGUGC